AAGACCGCGGGGAACGGAAAGCGCAUGCGUCCUAGUGGUGCUGCAGCGCCCGGGGAGCCGCGGAGGGAAGGGGGGGAAAACGGGCGAGGGGGACUGACGCACGCGCACUGGGACACCAGAUCCCCGCCUCCUGCUCCAGGUUUCCCCUCCUCCUUCACCACCCUCCCGGAAGUGGACCCGCCCUCGCGCCCACCAGCGGCCACCCGCCUGCGACAGGCCCCGCCCACAAGGCUCCGCCCCUCCGGCUCUCCGCCCCCUCCUCUGGUAGUGGCGCCGGCUUGCAUCCCGGUCGUGGCGGUUUUGGUGCCUGAAGCAGGGAGCGCGGAGUCGUUCCCGAGAGAGGAGGCCAGGCUAUGCUCGCCGGUUUCCGGCGUUCCGCUCCGGCCAGCCAGAGUCUCUGUCUCAACCUGUGUCCGUGCCCCAGCAGUCUCCUCAGCCCGGCCCCGCGGCGCGAUUGGCGGCGGCGCCCCAGGCGCGCCCCCUCCUCCGAUGGCGGCGGAGAUCCAGCCCAAGCCUCUGACCCGCAAGCCGAUCUUGCUGCAGCGGAUGGAGGGGUCCCAGGAGGUGGUGAAUAUGGCCGUGAUCGUGCCCAAAGAGGAGGGCGUCAUCAGCGUCUCGGAGGACAGGACAGUUCGUGUUUGGUUAAAGAGAGACAGUGGACAGUAUUGGCCAAGCAUAUACCAUGCAAUGCCUUCUCCAUGUUCAUGCAUGUCUUUUAACCCGGAAACAAGAAGACUGUCCAUAGGUCUAGACAAUGGUACAAUCUCAGAGUUUAUAUUGUCAGAAGAUUAUAACAAGAUGACUUCUGUGAAAAACUAUCAAGCGCAUCAGAGCAGAGUGACGAUGAUCCUGUUUGUCCUGGAGCUGGAGUGGGUGCUGAGCACAGGACAGGACAAGCAAUUUGCCUGGCACUGCUCUGAGAGUGGGCAGCGCCUGGGAGGUUAUCGUACCAGUGCCGUGGCCUCAGGUCUGCAAUUUGAUGUUGAAACCCGGCAUGUGUUUAUUGGUGACCACUCAGGCCAAGUAACAAUCCUCAAACUGGAGCAAGAAAACUGCACCCUGGUCACAACAUUCAGAGGACACACAGGUGGGGUGACUGCUCUCUGUUGGGACCCAGUCCAGCGGGUGUUGUUCUCAGGCAGUUCAGAUCACUCUGUCAUCAUGUGGGACAUCGGUGGGAGAAAAGGAACAGCCAUCGAACUCCAAGGACACAACGACAAAGUCCAGGCCCUCUCCUAUGCGCAGCACACGCGACAGCUGAUCUCCUGUGGCGGUGAUGGUGGGAUUGUCGUCUGGAACAUGGACGUGGAGAGGCAGGAGACCCCUGAAUGGUUGGACAGUGAUUCCUGCCAAAAGUGUGAUCAGCCUUUCUUCUGGAACUUCAAGCAAAUGUGGGACAGUAAGAAAAUUGGUCUAAGACAGCACCACUGCCGCAAGUGUGGGAAGGCUGUCUGCGGCAAAUGCAGCUCCAAGCGCUCCUCCAUCCCCCUGAUGGGCUUCGAGUUUGAAGUGAGGGUCUGUGACAGCUGCCACGAGGCCAUCACAGAUGAAGAACGUGCACCCACAGCCACCUUCCAUGACAGUAAACAUAACAUUGUGCAUGUGCAUUUCGAUGCAACCAGAGGAUGGUUACUGACUUCUGGAACUGACAAGGUUAUUAAGUUGUGGGAUAUGACCCCAGUCGUGUCUUGAUGACUCUCCCAGGAAUCAGAAAGAUAGUAUUUACUAAAGAAAUGGUUGUUUUAAUCCAAAUCAUUACCAGAGUGGUAAAGCAGACAUGUGAGAAGUAAGAAAGAAACUAAAGACCCUGGAUGAAUUUGCAGAUGACCCAUGCGCACAGUGGGGACCCGGCGAGUGAGAACUUGCAAGGGGACUCUUCCAACUUGUUCAUACAAUAUAAAAGAAGCUAUUUUUUUAACAAAUGGUUUAUACAGUCUGGCUGUGCUGCAUUGUUUUGAGUAUACCGAAAAAUCUGUGUGGGGUGUUUAAUUUUAUACUUUUCACACCCCAUUUUAUGUGUUGCUUUGUGCGUCAGAGAAAUAAGGGAAGUAUCCACUUUUGGUCAUUAUAGUUUCUGUAUUUUCUUUACUUCAACAUGUGUCACAUGGCCAGCGGCUUUUUGUUCUCUUCCCUCUGCACCUACCCGCACCUCUCUGUCUUUCCUGAAGGGGAUGUAUUUACAUUAUUUAUUCCCAGUGUUUCUGCUUUCAUGUCCUCCUCAGUGGAGAGAUUUGGAAACUCAUCAUGUAGAUUCACCAGCCAGCUGCUGGAAUCGCCGGAAGAGCGAUUUGUUUGUAAUGUCUGCCUCAUUCACGUUCUUAUUGAGUAGAAAAGACUGUGUUUCUGCCUCAGUUGCCUCUGUCUUUCCCACAUUUAGAAAAAAAAAAAAAAUGCUGUGAGAAAGCUGCUCCCAACCAUGGUUAUCACAGAAGUAGAUUAUUUUAACUCAGAGCUUCAACGAUUAGUGCCUGAUCAUUUAGAAUUCAGUUGAAGCCUCCCGAGCCUCAUGUUUUAGCUUUUUUGACACAGCUCUCCCUCACUCAUAACAAUGAAAACAAACGACACACACACACAAAAUCCUGCAUCAGCGGUCCUCAACCUUGUUGGCAGCAGGGACCGGUUUCAAAAUGAAACUGUUCCACCUCAGAUCAGCAGGCACUAGCCUCUCACAAGGAGCACGCAACCUAGAUCCCUCGCAUGCGCCGUUCACAAUAGGGUUCGUGCUCCUAUGAGAAUCUAACGCCACCGCUGAUCUGAUGGGAGGCGGAGCCCAGGCAGUAGUGCUUGCUUGCCCGCUGCUCACUUCUGAUGGGUGCCCCCCAUUCUUCACAGGCCGUGGAUGGGUACCCACCUGCAGCCCGGGGUUGGGGAGCCCCACCAUACAUGCUCUGAAAAUAAGUGUCUUUAAAUCGUGUGUUUCUGUGUGACAUCAUCUCUGAACUUGAACAUGUUCAUUACAGCAGGAUUGUAAUCCUGCUGUAUUCCUCACCCUCUGUAUUCUAUCCCUUUAAAAACUAGAUAUUUAAACAUUUUAUCUUAAUGUGUUUCAUCAGAACACUUUGCACACUUUCUUACUAAAACGGUAUGUGGUUGAUCCGAGACAGAAUGGUACCUACAGUGCAGGCUGUGUUUCUAUGGGAAUGGAAAAGAGGACUUUAGAAAGCGAACCUGAAGAACUCUUAUUUCUAAGGGAAUCCAAUCAAGCUUGAGAAAAUGAAAUAUUCUUGUGUGUAGUGACUCAACUCAGGAUACUGAAGUCCCUUUUAAACAUCUUAUUUUCCCCUGUAAAAAUAGAAUAAAAAUUAAUGGCAAGCCUGCGCCAGGUGCCUACCCCUCCUAAGCACUUUACACGCACAGUUCAUUCAACCUCACAUGUCGGGAGCAUCAGGGAGCUCACCAGUCUCUUGAGGAUCACAGGCCAAUUGCUUGUCCUUCCCGACCCAAGCCCCACCCCACAGUGUCUUGCUCUCUUCUGAUUCUACAGGUUUUUUUGGUGGUGAUACAUAUGGGAGUGAAAUCGAAAUCCUCCCUAUUAUUUUCCCUCUUUUCCUGGAAAGCCAUUUUUUGCCCUCACAAUCAUUCAUUACUUCUCUAACUAGGGGGAAGUACUACAAGCCAUCCUCGGGCACUGCCCCUUUGUGUGCUUCCCGGGGGUGGGGCCUUGCUAGAGGUGAUUCUGCUGCCCUAGCAUUGGGAAGCAGGACCAGUGUAUGUGUCCCAUGCAGCCAUGGUACAUGGAAGCUGUCACCUGAGCCAUCAGACCAGCGCAGCCCAUGUGACCAGAGCUCUGAAGAGGCACACGCAUGCCCUGCACAGGCUAUUAGCACUUGUCGCUUCGCUGCCCUGCUCCACACUACCCUUGCUUGCAUCAGUCAAAACUGUUACAACUACUUGGACUCUUCUGCAUGAUUGCUCUGUGAGAGAGCUUUAACAAGGGAAUUAAAUUUAAAAUACUCAAA